CAGACCGUGCAUGCACUAGCGCGGCAUACAAUGGACAAUCUUUACAUAGCAGUCUUAAAAUUAAACCUCGAGCGCUCAUACAUCAAACAGCGAUAGAGGAGAGAGAGAGAAAGACACAAGAAAAAAAAACACGCGAGUGUGUCUUCCUAACCUAGAUAUGACACUUCGACGAAGAAUUGACAUGGAUGUUUGUUUUCCUGCACCCGGCAUUGAUUUCCCGACCGCGCGAAGUUAAAAAAUCUUGUUAAAAGGUGCACCUCUCGUUGAGCGCUGUCAGUGGGCCACAUUUACACACAUAACCCAUGUGUCGAGUCGAGUGAACUAUUUAAAACAUGGAUUCUCGGUUUCAGCGCUGUUGUGUUUGGGUUCUGUUAUUCGGGACUAUUUCUUCGUCUAUAGCUACAAGCAUCAUUCCAAGCAGUGAGGCAACAGGAAGCAAUCCUCAAGUCAUCGUAGUACAGAAGAAUUCUCCACUCCUGUUAAACUGUUCUGACCCGACCUUGUCAUGGAUCAAUAACUCCGAGGUCAAGUUCACCUGGUUCAAGGAUGGAGAGGUCGUGACCCCAGAUUCGAGAAGGAUCUCUGUGAAUCAGAAUGGGUCGUUAUAUUUUCAAAGUAUUAAGCGGAAGAAGAGGAAGGGACUGGAUGAUGAAGGCUUAUACGAAUGUCAGAAGACAUUCACUGUGGGAACGGUGAUUGUCAGAAGGGUCAAAGUUCAGAUAGCAAGAAUAUCUCGAACUUUCACUAAGGACCCCCAGGACCAGAGAACUGUGAGAGGAGGCGUGGCCAGGUUUGAGUGUCAGGUGGAGGCCACACCCCCUCAAGUCAAGUACAUAUGGAAUAAAAAUGGGCAACAGCUUUCUUCAAACAACAGAUACACUGAGCUUCCCAUGGGAGUACUUCAGAUCCACAAUGUUCAGGACUCAGACAAUGGAGCUUACUCUUGCUCUGCCCUCAACACAUUUGCUGAUGCUGAGGGAGCCCUGCCAUCCUCAGUGUUACGUCACAGUAAAGAGGGCACACUCACGGUCCUCGCACCAUCCUCAGGUAGCCAGACCCGUGCCCCCUGGGUGGUGACAGUCAGUACCGAGGUCAACGCGACGGUCGGUGGGUCAGCCAUAUUGGAGUGCCUAGCAGACGGUAUUCCCAACCUCCAAAGCUCAUGGCAGAAAAUCAUUGUCACUGGGGACCAGACCAAAGAGGUACCAGUUGAAGAAGGAUUCAGAGUGAGGCGGAUGGGACCGGGAAACCUCAGGUUCACAAAGGUCACAGAGAGUGACCAGGGCGUGUACAGAUGUGUGGCCUUGACCUCUUCAGGCCUGAGGAACAGCACAGAAAAGACCAUUCUCAAUGUUCACUACCCUCCAACCUUGGUGACAAGACCCAAAAGUGGGGAUUACCCUGUGGUCCUGAGAACGAGGUUGGACUGUGAGGCCCAGGGAAACCCCACCCCCACCUACACAUGGUACCACAACGGGAAGAAGGUGAAGGAGGACCCCGGCCACAUUCUGUUCAAGGAAAACAAUAAGCAGCUUGUGUUGGAUACUAGUAUAUCGGAUUCCGGAUUUUACCAGUGCAUUGCAGAGAAUCCGUAUGGAUCUGAAACUGCUACAGCACGAAUCCAGAUUACACUUGGAAAGUAUGCCCCCUUGCCUCCGAAUCGAGUAAAGGCGACCCCUGUGUCGGCCACCGCCAUUAACGUGACGUGGGAUGUGCCAUGCUGCCAUGUGUUUGUCUACACAGUCCAUUAUAAAUGGGUCUCGCCCGACACAAAAGAAGAACACCUAAAACAGUUGGUCAUUCAGAAGGACAACCAUUGCUUGGUGCAGCAGCUGUUACCGUUUACCACCUACCACUUCUUCAUCCGAGCAUAUAACAGGAAUGGCUCUAGUGAGGAGUCUGAGAUAGUGACCGCCACCACCCUACAGUCAGUGCCACUGGUAGCGCCCAGGAUUCGAACCAGUAGCCUCAGUGUGGGAACCAUCACCGUGGACUGGUCCCCUCUACUGGCGAGGGAGAAACGAGGAGUGAUCACUCAGUACAAGAUCUACUUCCAGAAAGUGGACGGUGGCCGAGAGCAGACGAACGUCAUCCACAACGACACGACGACAUACACCAUUCAUGGUCUUCUGCCAGACCAAGUAUACAGGGUGAGGGUGCUAGCAGGGACGGACAAAGGAUUCCCGGUCCUCCACGACGACAGCUGGCCCUGGGUCUCACAGAGAACACUAUCCAAGGACAGUCCCUGUACAGUGACCCCUGCUCCUCGUCUUGAGGUGACCCCUCUGAACAACUCUGCGGUCAAGGUCACAUGGGAGGUCAGCAACACCUCUACAGAGGUCACAGGGUUCAAGCUGUACGUCAACAGGAAGAUCGGCCCCAUCCACAGUCGAUAUAUUCAGCUCGGAUCAGAUUCUAAUUCAACAAUCGUCAGCGGUUUGGAGACAAGGAUUUACUAUGAAGCCAUCUUGGAGGCACUGGGAGAGAAUGAGACCGUGUCCGGUAAGGCGUGUCGGCUGUUCCAGGCCCUCGGCCCCCAGAGACCUCCGGAACCGCCCCCGCCCAUGGACAUCAAGGUGUUCGCCCGCACCCCCCACUCCCUGUCACUCAACUGGAGCAUCCCCCACUGGGGGGAGGGGAUCACCUACUACACGGUCCGUUACCAUGUUAAGGAUGAUGACCGCAAAAUCAUGUAUGAGCGAAGUGACUCCCAGAACCACACCCUCCAGGACCUGACCCCCUACACCACCUACACAGUCUCUGUACGCUCACACUCGACACUGACCACAGGCCCAUUCGGAACCUCUCAGGACAUUACUACCCUGGAGGAUGUCCCCAGUCCCCCCGAGGGUGUCACCUUUUCCCCCCUGAGUGAGGGAGAGGUCAAACUGAUGUGGAAGCCCCCAACCCAGAGGAAUGGGGUCAUCAUCUUCUACAUCAUCCAGUAUCACCCUGAACUUGAGGACCCAGAACCCUUGUGGACAUCCAUGCACAGUAAUGGGACUCUGACUCAGGCAGUGGUGCGGGACCUGACAAGCACCGUUUAUUACUUCAAGCUCCGAGCGUGUACUAAUGCUGGCAAGGGGCCGCCGUCCGACGUGGUGAAGGUGGUGCUAAAUCCCUGUAUCAGGCCGUGUGAUGGACGCAACUCGUCACCACCCAUUUCUUCGUUCUCCGAGGGCUCUGACAGUUUCCUGCGGGACCAGAGACUGGGGAUCGUGAUUGGCUGUGCCAUCGGACUGACCAGUAUCAUCGUCUGCAUCCUGGUCAUUGUCCUCAGACAAAGACACUAUGCCAACUUGUAUCGCCACUCGACAAGGAUGGUGGCCAACCCAGAGCUGGGCUACAGGUACCAGCACCAGGGCUUCCAGACCCCAGAGACCAGAAGACUGAUGCUUGUAGACCGACAGGGCAAGGACCGCAAUGUGCAGAGCAGCACCUUCAUGGCAUGUAAUGGUAAACUGCUGACCCUGGCCGCCACAGACAGACACACAGACAGAAUGGAUCAGGAGCAAGGAGAGAAUGCUUGUUUACUCUGGCAUCAGCAAGGCUUAAACCAUGCCCACAGUGACGGGAAUCAGUCCUUAUCCAAUGACAGUGGAGCUAGCCUGUCAUGUGACAUAAGGGGCGUGUCACCUGAAUCCUCAAGUGAGAGGAACAUGGACAGUACAUGGGGCUCCACACGGGGAAAUAAUUUGCUGAGUGAGGCCUCAGGGGGUGGACGAGGGGGAGGAGAAACAGACAGACCCUCACAGAUUCGUAGGACCAGUCCAGAAAUGAACAGGGUGGGGUCCCUGUAUAAUGACACUUCUAUGAGUCACAGUGACCAGUUGUUGAAGAAGAUGCUAGCGGCUACCUCUGCAGAGCUGAAGUCGAAGGAGCAGCUCACCACAGACUUACACGACACGCUUGCUACAGAGUCUCGGAGCAACGACACGUCGGGUCAAGUGGACACGGCAAGUCAAAGCGCUUCACCAGAAUCUCUCUCAAAACAGGAAGACCUCAAUUUCACACAGCAGCUGUCAACAGAGUGUGACAGAGCAAACCAAAAGCAUGGUUCACCAGACAGUUCGUCACGGUCUGCUGAUUUUGUGUCACGGUCCGGCGAACAGUGACGUCUGCUGAAAAAAUUGGGCUGUUAUUGGAAAUUGCAGUCUGCUGCUGAUGAUGAUUGCUGGAGUCACAUGACAACCUCAGUAGAUGUUUUCAUCCAAUCAAAUUUGGCUUUACAUGGCCACCUCUACCUCCACACACUUUGAAACAAGCAGGAAUUUUAUUGGUAGAAAUUUUGUAUUUCAUUGAGGUUCAUUGCUCACAUCCACUGAAGUGGAAAAAACAAGCGUAAUAUUUUUGAUUAAGCUUUGAAACUAUUGUUAUCUACAAAGCAAAAAUGUAUGGGUUUUUUUCUUACUUGCAUGUGUAUCAAUUUUAAGCUAAUUAAGGCCCUAAAAAUCAAUGCAGUUGGCUUUGAAUAGAUAAAACUUUACUUUUCUAAUAUUAAUCAAACUAUUGAAGCAUGUCCAUGGAAAAUCUAAAAUGAGCUCUUUUUAAGUCCUUUUUCAGACAAUUAUGUGUAGUAAUUUGGAAUGUAUGAAUAAUGGCAGACGCUUGUGGUUGUAGAAAAGAAGGAUUGGUUCUGAUCAUCAGUUUAGAUGAUAGAUUUUCCAUGAUUUUUAUCUUAUAAGUAUUGCGAUUCAGGAAUAACGGCAAUUAUAUGGAAAAAAGACCGUAUUCCUGGAAGAGAAGAUGGAAUUUGAAUGAAUGUCCAUUUUAUUUCCAUGGACUUGCCUUAUAUUAAAAAUAUUUUUUUAAGCAUUACUGUACCUAAUUUAUUUAGCUUCAACAGCAUUUAUUUUAUUUCAAACAAGAAAAAAAAAAGAGUUGUAUUUAGGAAGCAACACAUCUACCUAUUAAAACAGACAAGAUUACCUCACACAGAAGUCAGGUUAUAUGUAAAGGGUACCUCAACACUUUAUAUUCAACGCAAGCCUUAUUGAUGGAAGAGCCACAGAUCCAGAUAGGCUGUUUGGGAAUGGUGCCACACCCCCUCCCCCCAACCACUCCUUCUUCAGUCAUCUUGAAAGCUUAAGGUACAUCAAUCCCCAUUGUAAGGGUAGAUAACUUUUGAAAAAAAAAGAAUAUGUACUUUUAUGAAAAUCUGUUGUUUCUAUCUGGAGGGAAUCAUUCCAGUCAUGUUGAAAAAAAUUGGAUUUUUUUUUUUAGUUUGACGAUAGUUGUUUUAAGCCAAAAUGAUUACCAGUUGGGACAGUUGAACUUGAAUAUCUCAAACAUAAUGUGAUAUUUGGAAUGCCGUGUAUAUAUCAAAGUAACUUUUGAGUUCACGCAGACUCUCAGUAAAUUUUGAAUCUCUGGUCCUGGAAUAUUUCAUUUUUUUUAAAAAAUUUUUGGCCUUGACCCCGUCAUAGAGUUUGACAGUACUUUUGUCUCGGUCUUAUUUUUUUCUUGCAUCUGUGGGGAAGUAUUGGAAAAAGGGGGUAUUUUUGUCUCUAUAGUUUUUAGAGUUCUGAGGGGCUGUUAAAUGAAAUUUCUUGAUAGUCUGCCAAAAAGUCUAUUCCUACAUAGAUCGGGGAAGAGUUAUGAGUUGGAUGUUAAUGUAUCAUCAAUUAUUCCUAGUGGUCAACCUAUGUUUGAUUCUUUUGGAGGGCUGUGGUUCUUUCAGACCAAUCGUUUAGUAGUUUUACCUCAUUUGUCUACACUGUAACGUCUCCUCAGCCUAUUAAACUUCGAGAAUUUUUUCUUUUGAUAAUUCAGGGCGGUGCACACUAUAUUACCUUUUAUUAUUUAUUUUUAAGCUGGAAGAAAAAUUUUAAAAUACCUCUUUGAUGAUUGAAAGUCAUUCAUGAUUUAUAACGAGAGAGAGAAAGAGAGAGAGAGAGAAAAUGCAGUCAAAACAAAAAUGUUUUUAAAAAAAAUCUCCAUGAUAGUGGGUUUUUUCCCGAGGUAACCUCCACUUCCUGUUACGCAUUAUUUUUGUUUGUUAUUUUUUCCUUUUUCAAAUACAUAUCAGGGAUAAUAUUCAGUAUGAGAAGUUUUCACUGUUUCUGCCUUGACAGAUGAUUAGCUAAAAGCAUUAGAAAAUAUCUAUUUUGUCAAGAGAAUAACAUUUCUAAAAAAAAGAAAAAAAAAAAAGGAUCCUUACCUUUAUUUACACAUAACUGGUCAAUUCGCUCAAAAAAUGACUGUCCAUAGGCAACGAUUUAACAUGGUACAGUGAUAUCGUUCAAAUUUGUGGAUAGCAGGCAGGUUCUUUUUUAUAAAGAAAUGGCAUUUUAUGGGCUCUCUUCUUAUAUAUCUUAUGAUUAAAGACCUCCUUUUGUAUUGUUGUGAAUUAUCCACAAAAUAUCAGUUACCACAAAAUCUAACAACUCCACAGUAAAAAGCAGCCAAGAGAAAUGAACAUUAUGUACAUAAUUAAUUUGGGUUGUUUCUGGUUUUAAUGAUUUUUUUUAAUUAUAUCUUUAUUAGCUCCCUUAGAUCCUGACAGGUGAUGAAAUCAUUGGUGAUGACAUCAUCAUACAUACAGUAAUAUUAAAGAAUGUUCUUUUCAUCCAUCGUUCAAUACUUUUGGUCAAAUUAGCUUUAAGAUUUCACAGUCAGAAUAACCUUGUGCGUAUGAUGAUGUAUGUGUAAAGUAGUUUAAAUUAGAUCACAAUUACGCUGGACCUGCUCCAGUGGGCUCUUAUUCAUGGUCAAUUUUUAUGAUGUAGGAGUUACCGUAGUCAAGUAAAUAGGACAGAGUUUAGGGGGGGUACCAAUAAUUCAAGCAUAUAUGUCCCCCUUAUCCUAUUCACCCCCCCCCCCCCCAAGGCCCAAGUGCCUGUAAACUAUGAAGUUAAUGUGGCUUUUCGAAUGUUUUCAUCAUUUUUGUUGUUGUUGUUGUUAUUGUAAAUGUCAAUUACUGAUUUGUAUAUUGAAUUCUAUUUCUAACCAUGUUUUGCCCUGAAUUUUUGUUGAGUGAAGCAACACCUUUAAGUUCCUUUUUAUUUCUCCAACAUACCUUCAACCAAAAUUGAGGAAAUAAAAUUAUAGGGCAAAAAUGGUAUGCAUAGAAGCAAGCUUGCUUAUGUAACAUGCUCUAAUGCUUGUGUGUACCGAAUGUUGUACAUAUUAAUUGUUCUUUUUUCCUCUGUGUUCAAAUUUAUGUACAGGCUUUUUUCAUCAUAUUGUAUAUUGGCUCUUUUGUAUUGCUGGGGUGUUUUUUUUUCAUGGCUAUAAGAAAUAUUGUGCACCUCUUGUGUUAAAAAAAAACAUUAUGUCAUUUUAAUAUCAACUUACAGCAAAAAAAAAAAAAUUAUGUCAUAUAAUUUUUCAUGCCAAAAAAAGAUAAUGAUAAUCAGGGGCCUGCUCCAUAAGUAUACAUGUAAUUCCCUUAACCUUACUUUAAUUAAACAUUUUCCUAUUGCUCUGUUAUUUGUUGCCUGUAUACUGUAGAUUCCUAAUUAAAUGCGAGGAAUAAAUAUCUGUGUAAAAUUGCAAGAAGCACCCUUCGCGGAUUUUAUCUCGCCAUUAUUUUUUUUAGAAUUGAGAACAAUAAGAAAUAAGGAAAAAAGUUCUGCGUUAAGAUUUUAUAUUCUCGCGAUUUAAUACAAAACAGCUGGAUUGCGGAAUUAAGUACUCGCGUGAUAUAAGGAAUUUACAGUUGGAGAUGUAAUAUAUGAGUAUGAAUUGGGUUGGACAGUUUAAAAGCGUGAUGCCUCUUGCAUGCAGUGGUACUAAUUUAAGGUAAUUGAAGCUUAUUAAUGAAUAGACAUUUUAAGGAUUUUUUGGGGCAUGAAAUUAACAUUAUUACGUAUGAAUUGUUUGUAUUCUUUUUUAUAAAUCUCCUUCUCAAACUUUGUCCCUAUCAUUACUUGUAACAACCCCACCCCACCCCUCUUCCCCUUUCCCACCUCAGAGGCUCACCCCCAGGUUAAUUCAGUCCUACACUUUCUUUCUUUUCAACAAACCCUUUGUUUUUAUCAUUUGAAUGAUUUCUGUUUGGUUAUUUCUAGGAGUGAAAAACCAUAUUUUGGAUUGCACUAAGAUUGCCUUUAAAAAAAAAAGAAGUGAUUAAUGCAAAGCAAGGUUGUUUUAAAAAAAUUUAAAAAAAAAACUGAUGCUACUGUGUGCAGGGAAAUAUUUGCCCUCACUGUCUUAUUUUCGCCCUCAUUGACAGCGGGUGAAUUUAAGACUGGGUGAAUUCCAAUGUUUCAAAUUAUCUCUCUUUAAACACAAUUGUAUCUGGGCAAAUUCAAGACGAGGAGAAACUGUAGGGGCAAGUUUACAAGGGCGAAAAUAAUACAGGGCGAAAAUAACACAGGGGCGAAAAUAACAUGGGGCAAAAAUAACUCUGUAUACAGGAGUUUUGAUUGGAUACUUAAUCAAGUGUCAAAAUCACUAUUUAACUAAUGCAGUGCAUUUUGUUUGUCAAUAAGCUGUCAAUCAUAGUGUUAUUGAUGUUCAGAUAAAGAGGUGCUGUAGUCACAAAAAUCAUCUAAGACAUUGUUACAGAAGUCAACCUAUUCCUAACAAAGAAACCUACAUACACUUUUAUUGUUAAAUUUUAUUUUAUACAUUAGCAAUUAUAUCAUAUGCACUACGCAAACCGCUUAAACGGGAAUAUCUCUUUUUUUUUUUUGUUAUAUCCCAAAAUUAUAGGUAAUACUGUAAUGUAAUUGUUACAUGUAAUACAUAGAUGUAACACAUGUUUCAUUGGAAAUAUUCUUUGUAAUACCCUGUGUUAAAGCAGGCAAUAUCCAAUGUCAUUGGUAAUGUUAUUACACUGUGUUAUUGGUAAUAUUCUUUAAUUGCCAUUGGUGACAUCAUACGCCAUUGGUGACAUCAUACGCCAUUGGUAAUGUUACAUACCUUUGGUUAUAAAAAUAUCCUAUUAUAUUAGUAAUAUUCCAAAUUAGAAUUAUGAGAGAGAAAUAUAUUAUUGUAGUAUGAAAAAAUCUAAGCCCAUUCUCAAUGGUUUCGUGAUGAUUUGAUUGGUGCAAUGGAGCAAGUGUUUUAUGUAAAUGAGGUCGAUAUUUGAGAGUUGAAAUUUAUGAAACAAGAAACUAAAGGUUGUAAGUCUUGAUUUAAAAUCAGGAUGAUUUCCGCCAUGUUGAAAAUACUUAUAUGGAGAAGACCAUUGGUUAAUGUGUGCCUGGCCUACAUUUGCAGAGCAUUAUGGCUAGGCUUGGGAUACAGACUUGUUAUUUUUUUCCUAAUUACCAUUAUGAAUAUGUGUGCUUAGUGCUCACUUUAAAAUUCUGAUAAUUUUUAAAUGGAGGCUAAAAUAAAGUAAAUAUAAGCAUUACAUUUGUAUGUAAUACAGUAAUGUACCUCCCAAUGUAAUGUAAUUUGUAAUCAGGGUUAGGUUGAUUACAAAAAAAAUAAGGUUAUUACUAUGCUGUUCUUAAUUUAGUUUCAUUAAAUUUUAAAAUAUCAAUUUCUGGAGGAAUUUCUUUUUAUUAACUUAUUUAUCAAAUCACAUGCUUUUAAAUUUUUUGUGUAAAGAGACUUUUUACUUUUAAUGUUGUGUAAAAGUAAUGGCAAAAAAAGAGUAAAGUUAGCUAAAAAGCUAUCUUUACUCUUUUUUUGCCAUAAAAUUUUGGAAUUGAUAUUCAAUGAAAAUUGAUGAAACAAUUUUACAUUAUGCUUCAUCAUAGCUUCCUCUGAGUAGAUCUAAUUUUCAUUUGCAAUGCAACUUUUUUUUUGUUCCAAAAUAUGAUUGCUCAUUUAUCUACAUAGUAGAUUUAAUUAUUUUUUUUUUUUUACAAUCUUAUAUCUCUAUUUAGUAUUAAAUACAUAUAAAAAUGUUGGCAUAACAUAAAAAUGUACUAUGUAUGUAAUACAAAAUGAUGUACUAGUAUUUACUUUAGCUUUUUUUCAAAUUGUUUAUAAAAUUUACUGAGUACCUUGUGCUAAAUGUAAAAUGUAUAUAAUACAUUGAUUGUUCAGUGUAUCACAGUUUAACAAUUUCUGUGCAUAAUGACAAAAUGUGUUUAAAAUGCAUUUAGUUGUAUUUUAUGUUUUUCUCAUAUAAUCAACUCGCAUACUAAUUAAAAUGUAAUGUAAUAUUUUUUUUUGAUAUUUACCAAUUGUAACAUUAUUACUGGGUAUUACAGUCAGUAUAAGGGAAGAUUUUACUCUUUUAAUUUCAUAUAUUUUGACCAAUUUUCGAUAUAAGCUAUUGAUAAGUUUUCUAUUCCUGUUUUUUUUUUGUACUUCAAAAAUAUGAAUUUGUUUUCUCAAAUUAAUAGGUUUUCCUGGGGUUACUUUCAAAGCAUACUUAAAAGUUUUGUUGUUUUGAAUUUCAAGAGAACAUUUGCCCAUAAUGUUGUGCCAUAUACAUAUUGAAAUCGUGCCAUGUGUUCGCUUGUUGUUGCUAAAUAAUUUGUCAUGCAGUUCCCUUGUUACUUUCAUUUUUGUAGGUGUAGAAUAUUUUCAUUCGGCAAACUUCGGCAGAUUCCGGUAUCUUAGAUGCAAUUGGCCAUGUAUACCAAACGACAGACAUACUGACCCGAUAUCAUGGGUAAUAAAAUGUGUUAGCUCAGUCUGUAUUAACUUUUACAUUAAGUUAAACCAAUGAACAUUGAUCAGUUAGGAAUAAAAUAUGUCAUAAUUGGUUUAGAAAUGAGCUUUUAAGCUUAACAAUCAUAAAAAUUGCAUUCAUUAUUACAGAGUCUUUCAUAACGUAUAAAUCAUACAUGUAUAUGUAAACUGUCCACUUACGAAUCAGUUAUUUGUUAGUUGGCCGAUAAUCACAUUUAAUAUGAAGAAGUUAACUUUCAUCAUAUAAGUCUAUCACUUAUUGACCACGCCUUCUUUUGAUAUGCCACGCCCCUUUGCCAAGCCACGCCUACUUUUUUUCUGCAUGGCCCUUUCAUAAGCAAUCACUUUGCCUGGCUUCUAUUCAGAAAAUUUCAUCAUGCACAUUCAAAAUCAUGUUGUUGUAAAUAAUAACGAUGUUGCAUUUGAAAAGAAAUAAAUUUGAGGGGAAACUCAUUUUUAUAUAUAUAUAUAUAUUUAAUAUGUAACCUACCUCUGUAUUUAAUAUUUAAAAAAGCAGAAAAAAAUUGUAAAACUGUAGAGAUCUUGAUGCUGGAUAAUGCCAUGGUUUGAUAUGCGUCUACAAUAGUUCUCAGAAUCUCGAACGGGUCACUAAGUGUUGAUUCCCUCAUUUUUUUUAAAAAUGCAUUUAAUUCAUUCACGUGUUGAAAAUCGAUGAAAAUUAAUUUUCAAUUCAUGUAUCAGUUUGUUGAUCGAGGUUGUAGUUACGUUGUAGAGGUAGCCUAGAUUAGUUAGCAUUUAAUGUCUUUUUAAUGUCUUCUUGUAUUUUGUCUUUGUUUGCAAGAAUAAUAAAAGUUGUUAAAACAUC